UCUAACAGGUGAUUUCUAUUAAAAUGAAGCAGCGGAACUAAAAGCAGAGCUUCAGUCUGAUCAGGUUAUUGAUCAGGGAGAAAUGUUUCAAAUGUCCGGUUGUGCCGUUAACCGGCGGUGGGGGUUGGGGGUAGGGGGGGUGAAUCCGCUGUGAGCCGCUGAGACUGAGGAGGAAGAGGAGGAGGAAGACGCACAGGAGGAGGAGGAGCGGCUCCGUCAGUCCGUCGGUAAACAGCAUCGGUCGGUGACGGACUCAGACGGUCGGUGAGCCGAUGAAGAGGAGGCUUCUUCAUACCUAGGUCAUGUGACUUAUCAAGGAGGAUGGAGAUUCAGCAUUAAGCCAGCAUCCUGUGGGCAGGAGGUCUGAGGAGAGGCGAGGGAUCAUGGGCGAUGGAGGACCCCUGCAGACUGAGGGGAAUGCCCUCCUCAAAGCUGUCUUCCAGGGGAAGUUGAGGCUGACCCGCCUGCUGCUGGAGGGUGGCGCCUACAUCAAUGAGGGCAAUGAGCGUGGGGAGACGCCCAUCUCCGCUGCCUGCUUAGCAAGCUACGAUGACCCACAGACCCGGCAGAGGAUGGUGAGGUAUCUGCUGGAGAAAGGAGCUGACCCCAACAUCCCUGACAAGAGUGGCCGGACAGCGCUGAUGCAUGCCUGUGCAGAGCAGGCAGGAAAGGAGGUGGUCUCACUGCUGCUGGAGAAUGGAGCCGAUCCCAGCCUCAAAGACUACUCUGGUUCCUCUGCUCUUGUCCACGCCAUCAACAAAGGGGACCGUGACACCCUGCAGGUUCUGCUGGACUCCUGCAAGGCCAAGGGCAAGGAGGUGAUCAUCAUCACCACCGACACAUCUCCAUCAGGCACCAAGAAGACCAAACAGUACCUCAACUCCCCACCAUCCCCAGGCAUUGUAGACAAACUGUCUCCUGCCUGUAUGUCACCCUCUGAGGUGGAGAUUGGCACCUCCUCCCCUGCAGGAGACAAAGAUGAGGAAGGAAUCUUCAGCUUCAAACUCACCUCAGCAUUACCUUUACCUUCAGCUCGACCUCCAGGUGAGAAGAGGCCACCGCCCCGUAAACUGCUUAAGCGUCUGAACUCAGAACCGUGGGGCCUGGUGGCACCUUCGGUUCUCAGUGGGGUUCCCCAGGACCGGGUGGAUGGAGGUCUGGAGGAGGAGGAGGGCAACAGCAACCUGAACAAGACGAUCACAGAGAUGAAUGGACUGACUGUCACAGAGCCGGUGAGGCCACUAUUGUCACGGCGUCACAGCAUUGAGACGCACGACCCCACGUCCCCUAAACUCAUUGACCGAUCCUGCUCUGAGGACUGCGCAGGGCUGUCUGGUCCAUCGUGGGCUGAUAAAGUCCAGCAGCACCAGAUCCUCUACCGCAGGAACACAGCUCCAGAAUCCCAGGAGAAUGCUGCUGGACCUGGGACAGUUGUGGCCCGAGCCCUAGCUCACCCCAAGCUCACACGGAUGGAGCACUACGAGUCAGAUACCCACCUUUGUCCAGAGUCAAUUCCUGGAUCACCGGACUCUGGGAGGGUUUCGGUAGAGCGGAGGAGGUACAACGCUUCCCCCUUGUCCCUGGUCACAAGUUCUUCCAGGGAGUCUCUGGAAAACAUCCCCAACUCAGUUUCCCCCAUCACUAUGCGACGGCGUGGCCCAGGGCUCCUGGAGCGCCGGGGCUCUGGGACCCUGCUGCUGGACCACAUCUCCCACACCAGGCCCGGCUUCCUGCCUCCGCUUAACAUCAACCCGCAGAGACCCAUCCCUGACAUCCGGGCCAAUGGGAAACCCACCUCCCCCAUCAACUCUGGACAUAAGAUCCUGGUCCCAGUAGCCCCAGCCUCACCCAAACGGGGCCCAGACUUCAAGAUGAAGAAGAAGCUGAUGAGGAGACACUCGAUGCAGACAGAGCAGAUGAAGCAGCUUUCAACCUUCCAGGAGAUUCUGGCGGAGAAAGUCCUUGAGUCCAACGGGGAUUGAUGAAUGAGGACAAGGGAGCAAAGCAAAAGUGACAGUCACGGUUACUUCUUUCUAGUGUGGCAAACUGAAGAACAGCUUCCUGUUGCAUCGUUUCACCACAGACAAACUGCAGUACCUCUGCAUGACCAGCAGGAGACCCACCAUCCUGGUGUAAAAUUUUCACAUCAAAGGAAAGCUCGAUGAAGAACUCCAACCCAAGAUCAGUUUAAUGAAUAAAAUAAAGGAUAACUGAAAUAACCCACUACUAGAGCUCUUUAACAUAUUUCCUCAUACACGGUGGUAAUUCGUUUCACCGUUGUGGCUCCCUGAGAGAUUUUCAGCAGGUUGAAGUUGAAACUUGUGGGUGAAGCUCUCCUCACCUUCAUUUAAUUGUCUAAAUGUUUAGCCACAGAAAGUUCUUCAGAUUCUUCCGAAUUCCUCGUCCUCUCCUCCAUUCAGACCUGAACUGACCUAAAGAGAAAUAAUCAGACUCCUUUGAUGUUUACAGAUGCACAAUUUGCACUGAGGUCAUUUCCAUUUUCCUCCUCCUACCAGAUGAAGACAAACAUCCUGCUGCAAACUAACUUGUUUUCAUUCAUAAAGCUGACAUAUUUAUUUAUACACUCCUGUUUGAUUGAUAACGUGUAAAACUACCUACUGCGCUGUAUGUACUGUAAUGAUCUAUAGUCAAUAUAAUAGUUGGUAUAUCCGUGGAAACUCAUCUUUAUUUUACCCGUUUCCUGUGUCUGUACUUUCAGAGAUGAUAUUUUGAUUGAACUUGUGUUGAGAAACAUUGGUUUAUUGUUUAUGAUACUCCAAAGAAACCAGUUCACACUGUAAGUACUGAAAAACAAAUCUGUACUGUUAUACACUACACCUGUUUCAGCACAAGGGGGCACUGUUAAAGGAGCAGCUUGGGCAGAAAAAGUCAGUUCACUCAUUUUAUUCUGAGAUGUUGUAGGUUUUAAAUCAGA